AGUGCACUCAGCAAUGGUCAACCCCAACCGCCCGGUCGUGACGGGGCUCUCGCCGAAGGAGGGCCCUCCCGGAACGCGAGUCACCAUUCGGGGCGAAUUCCUCGGGUCCAAAGCGUCCGAUCUGGUGGGACUGACCAUCUGUGGCUGUGAUUGCCUGCUGUCGGCCGAGUGGAAGUCCGAUAAGAAAAUUAUUGCUCGGACCGGUGCCGCCAAGGGCAAAGGGGACAUCAUUGUGACGACGCGGAUGGGAGGCGUCGGGACGAGCACGGUGCAGUUCCGGGCGUAUUAUGAGACGAUUGGUCCGAUGAAGGAGUCGGCGGUUUGGAUUGAGGAAUCGCCAAUGCAGUCGUUGGCUUGGGGAAGGCGAUCGUUAGCCCCGACGGGGUACAUCCAGGAAGAUCCGCUGGGGCUGUCUAUCGAAGGGAAUGAUAAGAAGUUUCCGGAAGAUUUGCGAGAUAUUUUUCCGGAGGGGUCCGGGGAUUUGUCGCAGGAGAACUUUCUUCCGGGGUGGUUUCUGUUGGAGAACCAUCAUGCUACGUCGUUUGAGGAUCUGAAAGCUGGGUUGUCGUAUCUGAGACGCCGGGUGGAAAGCCAGAAGGAGGGGCAGCUGUCCUUUCUGAAGUCCAAUGCCGGAUCGGUGAUGGACCAGUUGGACACGUUGAUGGCACUGCGUGAUCGAGUAACGCAGGAUAGCAAACUGCACGGAAAGGAUCAGGUGAAGGAUUUGGAGAAAGCGAUCACAAACUCAAUCGAUGCUUCGCAGGAGUUGUUCAAGGAUGUGCUGGCCAGGAAGGAGAAGGCCGAUGCUACUAGGGCGGCGCUGUCCGCUUUGUCCCGGCACAAGUUUUUGUUCUGCUUGCCGAACUCGGUGGAGAAAAGCGCCGCCAAGAACGAGUUUGACAUCGUGGUCAAUGAUUACGCUAGGGUGAAGAACCUGUUUGGGAAGACGGAAGUUCCGAUAUUCAUGAAAGUCCUUGAGGAGGUGGAUAUGAAGAUCCUCAACAUACGGCAGCAGCUGCAUAGCAAAGUUAAGGAGAUGCCGCAAGGCGUUGAGCAGCAAAAGAAGUUGGUCAAAGCGUUGAUAAGUUUGGAAGCUCAACAAGCGGGGACCAGCGUUGCUAGCAUGUUGGUAAUUGCUGAUCCAGCCUGGGACGCUAUUGAAUCGCGAGCCAAGUAUCUUGAGGACACGUUCCUGAAAACGUACGAGCAGUAUACCCAUAAAGAAACCAAUCCGACAGAACCAAAAUCACGGGCGGAUCCAAAUGCCACACCCAAUCGGGUGCAGUUCUGUGAGGAAAUGACCGAAAUUGCGGCAAGCCAGUUGCCAGAUUUAUGGCGUCUCGGUCAGGCCUAUUUUACGGGAGAGCUAAGGGGAGCAGGUCAACCAAAGCCGGGCAACUUCAAGCGAAUCAUCUUGACAGUGAUUGAGCAGUUUUGUGUGUACUUGAAGGCGGCCCUGCUCCCUUCCGGGAACCAGCGGUCACUUCUUGCCGGAAGCAUGAAAGGGUUACCAACCUGGCCUGCCACUAGUCUUUCGUUGAACUAUCUGAUCACUUGGUUGCCGCAUUGCCUGCGCUAUGUGAGGGUCUCCUACGCCACCCUAAUCCGGCUGGAUUUGCCUGGUGAAGCGCUGGAUAUUGUGUCCAAGUUUAUCGAUGAACUACGUCUAUACUGUCUCUCGACGAUUCUGAAGAAGGCAAACGAGAAGGUAAAGAAGCUGCACGAGAAGGAAUUGUGGGAGUUCGCUGUGCCGGAUUUUGCCGGGGCAACGGCAUUGCCUUCCAAGCUGGAGGAGAUCCUGACUGAGGCCAUCGAGGACGCCCAAACGCUCUGUCUCACACCGGAAGUGCGUGAAACAUCUCUGCUGGAACCCCACUCGGACGGCCAACGGGAAAUGUCCAAGCGCUUCCAAGAGAUCUUGGGCACGUUCUGUGGAGUGAUCGAAACGUUAGCCCUGCAAAGGUCCGACGAAGAUCCCCAACAGGCACCGAUGCUAUCGCAGUUGAUAGGCUUUCCGGCGGCGCUCCUGCAGCAGCAGAUGUCCGGAGAUAAAAGCUGGGGAUCGAGCAUCACCUGGGAACAACGGCUGCUGUGCUGUCUGUCCAACUGCAUUUACUGCAAUAAGAUAUUUUUCCCUAAACUGGGCGGAAUGUUCACCAAACACAACUACCCGGUUCCGACGAUUGCCAUCGAAAACUCCCGCUCCACGGUGAACACCCUGUUCAGCAGCCUGCUGGACAUGUACGUGGAGCACAAGAGCGACCCGCUCGUCGGCACCAUCGAACCUUCCAUGUACAUCGGACGCUUCCAGUGGGACCAGGUUGGCGCCUCGGACAAGCUGAGCCCGUACGCGCACGAAUGCUGCGACAAUUUGGUAUCCGUCUACUCGGAGAUCUUCUCCAUCUCGCCGGUGCUGUUGAGGCCAGUGCUGCAGCCGAUCGUGCAAACCGUAGCCGAAGAACUGGCCCGGCUAAUGACCUGUGUUCAGAAGUUUAACGUCAACGGAGCGCUACAAGCCAAGGUCGACAUCCAUGUGAUACGUGAUGCGGCCAGGGUUUACAGUAACGAAACGGCGAAAUCCUUUUUCGUCGAGGCUCUGGAAGCCAUUCCACCAGUCCCGGACAGUGAGGAACAAAUUCAGCAAACCGUUCAACAGAUUAAGAACAAUAUGCGCUUGCAGCUGAUGUGCCUCCAGGUGGUGGAUCCUUGACACGAUGCGAUCAACUUUAGAACGAUGUAUUCUAAGGUAAGAAAGUGACUUCUCAUUGGGAAUAGUCGGCGUUCUUGGGCAGACAAUGCUGAACUUGACAUAUACCUAGUAAUGAACAAUAGUAUUUAGUUAUGAAAUCCGAUAUAAACACUACAACAAGGCUUAUACAAUUUAUGCAUGAUAACAGAGUUAAGGCACACACGCCUAAAUAUUCCAUUAAAUGGCACAGAGUUAUAUUUAAAACGAAGAAG